UCCAAUCUUAAAGUCGGUCAUUGAUCCAAUAUGGUAAAGUUAUUUUUCUGUUGAUUUAUGUAAUUGUAGCUUCACAAGUUCAUCAUAUUCUCUUAAGAUCCCAUUUAUCCCAUCUACGUGAUCUAUAUCGCCAAAUGACAAAAGAGGCCACAUGGUAUUAGAUUUAUGGGAUAAAAAGUCAGCACAAAAAAAAAACAGGGGAAAUCAUUAUUAGCUGGGGUCUUAGUGCCUAGAUUCAUUACAGAAGUGUAGCUUGUUGCUCGGAAUUGCAACAUAAUAUUUGCGAUUGAUUGCAAUGUAUUUCCUUGCAACACCCCCUGAGAGGGGAAAACUGUACGUAGCAGCAUUGACCAGGGUCAAAGAGAAAUAACCGCAUCCCUUGGGUUGCUUAGAAAAUUUUCUUUUUUUUUCUUUAACUUAUCACGUGAGUAAGUUUUACACAUUUUCAGUUUUUCCAUGCACAUUCUGUUGCUGCUUCCAUAUUUAUUUUCUCGAAUUUAAUGUAGUCAUCAACUCUUCCGCACCGUAAACUGAUUCCUUCCUCCACUCUCGGCCUUUGGCCUGAGACCUGCAAUGGACGUUCGACGGACGCAGUCGAAAAGACAAGUAACAUGAGUAAUGUGUGCAUGCUGGCUUUUCAUUUGUUUGUGUCUUAUCAUCUGCGAUCAUGUGAUCCUGAUCGAGGUUGAAGACUUGAUAAGCUCAGCCUUUCCAUUCUGAGGAGAUGACUUUGUCAAAAGGAUGCAGGAGACAUGGCUUCUUCCUCCGUACAAUUCUCCCAAGAGAAACCUGAUUCAAUUCGCAUUGUCUCUGUAAAAAGGAAGGUGAAGGUCACCAUAUGUUGUCAUGGCUUUUCGCAAGCAAACUCAAAAGUAUCAGGUCUUAUUCAUUACAUCGAACAAAAUAUGACGGAUGUCGUGGAAAGUGUGAACUUCGAAUCACUGCCGUACAAUAUCAAUGAAAUGGACGAGUUUGACUUGAGGAGGGUCGAUGUCCUUCUACUCUGUCACUCCAUAGAAAACAGAAGAUUCUCAAUAACUGAUGUCACAGGUGCACUUUAUGAUAGGUUCCUUCACAGGGCCAUGAAACAUUUGGGAAAAAGUAAAGUGGGAGUCAUCGUCUAUGACUUUCUCGAAAAGGACCUUUCACCGGACAAGCUUCAUUCAAUGUCUACAUUUCGCCAUACCCAGCCUACAACAUUCCAGAGUGCAUCGCUUGUUCUUAUUGGAGGUCAGUUGUCACAUGAUCCCGUACAACUGACCCAUGAGCAGCUUGAAGAACUUCGGAGAUUUCUCUGCGCGGAAAUAAGUUGGACAGAAAGAGUCGGCGUUGCGUUUAACAGACGUACUGGUUGUUGCGGCUGUAUUCUAUAUUGUUGUGAACCAGUGGCGUAG